CUAAACCUAUACCUUUUGGUGUUUUUUCUCUGUUUACGAUAUUUUUAUUCCCUUCUUGCUUCCAAUAAAUCUUAACCUCUCUUAUAAAUAAAGAAAAGUAGAAGUUGAUUUGAUUUGGAUUUAUUUGUCAUAUACUGAUAAAUGUACUUCUUGAGUUGAAUUGGCUUUAAUGCUCAAUAGCUCAAUUAUUGAAUGGUUCACUGACUUUUACUAUUUUUUUUCACAUGCUUAAAGCACUUGCAAUCUGCAAAAGCCUAUCACAAAUGUUAGCUGACUAUGCCUAUAAUGAAUAUGUGUAUCUGUAUAUAAAUAGGAACAAUCAUUUACUGUCUUUGGUUACAAUUAUGUACAUUAAGCAUAAAAAAAUUUAUAUUAUUUGGAUGAAUAUCAUGGAUCCUAAUUGUCUACGACCUUAGUGAACUAAUCAAAUACAUGAUUACAUAAUAACUCCAUGGAUGUAGAUAGUGCAUACACACAUUAAUGUCUGUCUAGUACUUGUUACUGGUGUAAAAUGUUUGUAUUCUAAUUAAGAGCAUUCAAUUUAAAAAUUUGUUUUAAAUGUCUAUGAUGUGCUUCUUGCUUGCAUAAAAUGUUUCUAUUUUAAAAAAUUACUUGUUCUGAUUCAUAAAUUACUUUGUGAAGUUUUUGUUACUGGCAUAGAAUGUCUGUUUUCUAAAUAAGAGUGCUCAAUUUCAAAACUUGCCAUAAAAUGUCUCUGAAGUUCUUUUGUGCUUCUUAUUAGUGUGCACGGUCUGUAUCCUUAUUAAUAGUUUGCUUUAUUUUAAACGUUACUUUGAGAUGCAUUUGGAGUGUGUAUUAUUAGCUUAAAAUGUAUGUAUUACAUUAUAACCAAUGUUUAAGGUUUGUCAAUCAAUAAAUCACUUGUGUUUUACUUUGGUUCAAUGGCACAUGAGGGAUUUGACGGAUACUACUGCUCUGCAAAACAUGGGAGUAGGGUUGGGGCAUUCACAUAUUGCAUAUCACAAUGCAUUACAGGGAAUUACAAAGCUUCGGGUCGAUGAAGCUACCUUGACAGAAGACUUGAACCAAACAUGGGAGGUUCUUGCAGAACCUAUACAAACUAUUUUGGUGGUGAAGAUAUAUAGAAGCUACAUAUGCCUCUGAUAAUUAAAUAUGUUAAAGAGCAAUUGGAUUUCUGACUCUGGGACCAUAAUACGACAUAAACUAGUGUUGGCAAUGUACAUGACACCAGCUUUAUUUUUUGCAGAAAAACUAUUAUUUUUGCUUGACUACUAUUUUAGCAAGUAUUAGUUACUUUGGUUCACUUUAAACAUAUGUUACGUUCUUGCUUAUUAUAGAGGGGCUUUGCAUGUCAUCAAGGCUCCAAGCAAAGACCUGUUUGAAUCUCCGUAAGACGGUGGUCAUACGACUCCUAUGCUCUUCCCCAGAUCCUUUGCUAUUGAUAGGAAGUCAAAACCAAUGCUCGGGGACCAAAAGGACGAAACUUGGCCAAAACUAUAACUCAAACUCGUGUAGAAGCCAAGCCGGAGGUUGGGGUAUCCAAGUUAGACACCAAGACUUGGACACCGGGCAAGCUUGCGGUUGACAAAAGAGCUAACACAUGGCAAAAAUUGGUUGGACACAAUGUUGGGGCGUCCAAAGUUGGACGCCCUGACUUGGACAUCCUA